AUGUCUCGCCACCAAUUUGAUUUAGUUAUGUGCCUUAAUGAACCAGGAAAACACAUUGGUAAAGUUUGUGAUAAAUGCGAUGGACGCUGCCCUAUUUGUGAUUCUAUGGUUAAUCCAACUAUAAAAGUUAGAAUAUGUGACCAAUGUAGUAAUAAUACUACAAAAGAAACUUGCAUAAUAUGUGGUGCUAAAAAUUUGGCAAAAAAUACCGCUUAUUAUUGUUAUCAAUGUUAUAUUUUGGAGAAGAAUAAAGAUGGAUGUCCCAAAGUUAUAAAUGUUGGAAAUAAUAAAAUUGAAAGACAUUUUAACCAAGCUUGA